UUCUUCGUAUCCUUUUCAAACUGAGCUAAAGUGAAAUAUUUGAUUGGGGAAAGAAAUAAUGGGACUCCCAAUAACGGAGUGAUAAAAUAAUUAAGUAGCUUCAGAGAAUAUCAAAACUUUUUUCCAAGUCAAACAUUUUUCACUUUUUCCACCACUUUGGUAACACUUGCGAAAACGUCAUUUAUUCCAGCUUUAUCAUUUCCUAAGUCAAGUCUCCUUUAACAACAGUGCCGGAGACAAGGUGUCUUUUGACAAGAAGGGUGAAUUGCUAGAUGGAUUUGACAUCAUCAACUGGGUUACUUUCCCUAACAAAUCCUUCGUGAAAGUGAAAGUGGGACAAAUGGAUCCUCAAGCCCCAUCAGGCAGAAGGUUCUCCAUCAAUGAAAGAAAAAUCACAUGGCCAGCCCAUUUUAACCAGACUAUACCUCUUGCUCUGUGCAAUGAUCAUUGCCCACCAGGUUCCAGAAAGAAAAGGAAGGAAGGAAAGCCAUUUUGUUGCUAUGAUUGUAAUACUUGUCCAUCAAGAAAAUUUUCAAAUAAAAGAGAUAUGGAUGACUGCUUAGACUGUCCAGAAGAACAAUAUCCAAACAAGGAAAAAAAUACGUGCAUUCCCAAGGAUCUAAAUUUCUUGUCUUAUAAUGAAACUUUGGGCAUCACUUCGACAGUUCUGGGUCUAUCAUUUUCUGUGACCACAGUAGUGAUACUUGGAAUUUUCAUAAAACAUCAGAAUACUCCCAUUGUCAAAGCUAACAACCGGAAUCUCACUUAUCUUCUCCUUGUCUCCCUCUUCCUCUGCUUCCUCUGUUCCUUGCUGUUCAUUGGUCAGCCCCAAUUGUUGACCUGUCUUCUUCGUCAAAUUGCUUUUGGGAUCAUCUUCUCAGUUGCAGUUUCUUCAGUUUUGGCCAAAACCAUCACAGUGGUUUUAGCUUUUAUGGCUACUAAGCCAGGAUCAAAAAUGAGAAAAUGGGUGGGACAAAGAUUUUCAUACUCUCUGAUUCUCUGUUGUUCCUGCAUUCAAGCAAGUAUUUGCAUAUUGUGGCUGUGCACUGGCCCUCCUUUCCCAAAUUUGGACAUGCAUUCUCUUCCAGAAGAGAUUGUAGUUGAAUGCAAUGAAGGAACAGGGAACAUGUUCUAUUAUAUUUUAGGAUAUAUGGGAUUUCUUGCUCUCAUCAGCUACGUUGUGGCUUUCUUUGCUCGAAAACUGCCAGACUCUUUUAAUGAAGCCAAAUUUAUUGCUUUUAGCAUGCUGGUGUUUUGUAGUGUAUGGGUGACUUUUGUCCCAACUUAUUUGAGCACCAAAGGAAAAUACAUGGUAGCUGUGGAGAUCUUCUCCAUCUUGGCUUCCGGUAUAGGAAUAUUGGGAUCUAUCUUUUUUCCUAAAUGCUACAUAAUUAUACUGAGACCAGAACUCAACACAAAGGAGCACCUAAAAAUGAAGAAUUAACAAUUACCACUAUCGAUUGAUUUGAAUAAUUUAGCACUGGCUUUGAGAAGAAAGAGAGAUAAACUGUUGCUCACAUAUGAGAAGGAAGAGAGUAUAAGAAAAAGAGUAGCCCCAGCUUGACCUCACUGCUCUUAAAAUGAGGAAAGUAAAUGUUUUGGUGUAGCUAUCAAAUGUCUGUAAAUAUAACAAUAAAACAAUAAACCCUGCAGCAUCAGUUUUGUGGCCUGGCCUACUUGAAAACAUUGAUAUGUUAUUUGGAAGUAAGCAUAUUUGA